GCCUGCGUAUGUAGGUAGUCUUACUCGCUCUAUAAUGUGUUUCGCGUUGGCCUAAUCUUGAAGACCUGUUGCUUGUUCUAUCUCCGCCGAGCAUCGCGCGAGAGUGUUUAUCCAGAAUCCAGAUAGACCAGACAGAGGUCCAGAGAUAUUCUGGCAUAGGCACGUACGCAUAUUGCUAGGUUGCUUUCGGAUGAUAAUCAACAAGUGUAUAUAGGUGAAAGAAAGUGAGUGGCUGGAAGGUUUGAAAAUUCAAAAAAUGUAUGGAAUGUUAUUGGAGAGUAUCCAGCACUUUGUCCAGCUGGAGUACGGAGAAGAAGUAUGGCAACGCACUCUCAUCCUCUCAGAGUGCAAACACAUCGUUUUCAACACCCACCAGGUGUACUCCGAUCACAUCAUGGGAUCGCUGGCCACUUCUUUGGCCACCAUCACAUCCAAAUCUUAUGAAAGCUUCAUGAUUUUCUUCGGAAGAUGUUUCGUCAGAUUCUUCAGCAACUACGGGUAUGACGCUACUAUCAAAGCAACAGGAAGGUAUUUCACCGAUUUUUUGGACAGCGUGGACAAUAUCCAUUCUCGGUUCAGAAUUUCCUAUCCAAAAAUGCAGAGUCCUUCUAUGUACCUAGCAGAGGUCGAUAUCAACGGUUGUGUCUUGGUUUAUAGAAGUUUGAGACAAGGACUCACAUAUUACGUGAUGGGACAGCUCGAUGAAAUUGCCAAUGAGUUUUUCAAUUUGAAGUUGGAGACUACGGUGGUGUCAACUCAGAAUCAUCUGAGCAAUGGAAAAAAUGCUACUAUUGUGAAAUUGCGAUUGAAUUUCGACAAUUCUCAAUACAUGGCUUCCAGACAGAAUGAAGCGGCGAGCAUAGAUCGCCAUCUGGCACCUUUUUCAUGCGAUUUGCUGUUUGAGCUGUUCCCCUUUGCUGUACUUUUCAACCCUGUAAUGACUAUCGUUGGAUGUGGGGGGAAAUUGGUGGAGGUGGCAGGGGGCAAGGAAAAACUGCUGGGGAAAUAUGUGACGACGUAUUUCAAAUUGAGGCGGCCCAAAGGGAUUUGCUUCAGUUGGAAAAACGCAUUCUAUUUGAAAUCUGUGAUGUUCGAAAUCGAAGUGCUCAGAGUGGAACUGAUGAAGUCCAGAGCGGACGAAACAGGAAAAAACGAGGAGAAAGCGGAUUGCGAUUGUUUGGGGGACGAUUUGAGCAAUGGCGGCAACAGAGACAUCGAAAUCGACGGAAAAAGCAUUUCCCCUUAUACGAGCAGAAGAGACAGCCAACCCGGCUUGAGGAAUAUCCUGUUGAAGGGCCAGAUGUUGUAUCUGAAGGAUAUCAACGGGAUCAUUUUCCUCUGCAGUCCAGUGGUGAAUGACAUAACCGAACUACCGGACCAAGGCCUGUAUUUGAACGAUCUGAAUCCUCACGGUCUUAGCAAGGAGAUGGUUUUGGCAGGAUGGCAAAACAGCUCCAGGUUACAGCUGAUCUUCGAUAAAGCCGAACAGAGGGCCAGCGAACUGGAAAACAAUUACAGCCUGUUGAACACUUGGAAACGUCGAGGGGAUGAUUUGCUCUAUUCGAUGAUGCCGAGAGCAGUGGCGGACCGUCUGAGGGCCGGUCAAAGCCCUCUCAGUACUUGCGAGUCGUUCGAUGCAGUCACAGUGAUGUUUUGCGAAUUAGUUGGAUUCAAUUCCUCUACAGUGCAAGAUGCCAUGGAACUGGUGAGCACUAUGAAUGCAGUCUAUUCCUGUUUCGACUCACUUGUGGACACUUUCAAUGUAUACAAGGUAGAGACUGUUGGCCAGAUUUACAUGGCCGUCUCUGGCGCACCAGAAAGACAAAAAAAACAUGCCCAAAAUAUCGCCAACGUCUCUCUAUGCAUGGUGAAACAUGUGAGACAACUACAAGUCCCAUCUGGUACCAAAGUAGAUGUCAGAAUAGGAGUUCAUUCAGGUCCAGUAGUGGCUGGAGUUGUGGGCAUUAAAGUUCCGAGGUAUUGUUUUUUCGGGGAUACAGUGAAUACAGCCUCAAGAAUGCAGUCUUCCAGUGAGCUUGGUAUGGUACAUAUUUCAGAAUCUACGAAAAAGUUACUUCCCAAAGAGCAAUACAUUCUGAGGAAUAGAGGAAAAGUCAAGUUAAAAGGAAAAGGUGAUGUCAAUACUUACUGGAUAUUCGAAAAUAUUUACAAUGAUGAGGAAUAUGUGGAAACUUAUUGAAUAUUAUUAUUAAUGGUAUAUUAUUAUGUAUAUUGCCUAAAAGUAUUAUAUAUUCAUUGUUGAAAUAAAAU